GAUGUAAAUUGCAGCGGUUACGUAAGUGCGUGGGGAGUGCAGCACGGCGGCGCCGGGCCGACGGCUCGCCGCACUGACGGGCCCCAGUGCCGAGCAUCCGAUACUUUCGAUGCGCCGUGCGCGCACUCGACCGUAGCCAGCUACAACACGCGAACACAGUUUUCAGGAAAACAUUCACCAUUUUGUACGCGCGCCUCGUGGAAGCAACUGUGAAUUUUGUGCUCUCGGAUACACCAUGAGUCAUUCGGUUUUUGUGCAUCCUCCAUGCCGUGCUAGUCUCGGAUGUUUUUGUGUGGUAUUGAUUGUGAAGUGAAUGCGAUAUAUUGUAAAAAGUAUUGUUCAGUGCUUUGUAACUUACAUAACACUAAAUCAGUCGGCUCAAAUUACUGUGACGUAUAAAACCGGACUCGUACCGAUGUUCUAGUGGAUUCAAGUGACGAGUGCAGCCGAACCACAGCCGCCAUGUCGUCGGUCAAGGUGGCGGUGAGGGUGCGCCCCUUCAACUCCAGGGAGAUAGCGAGAGAAUGCAAAUGCAUCAUCGAAAUGUCUGGAAAUACCACAGUAAUAACAAACCCAAAAGCGCCGCCGGGCAGCAAGGAAGGAGCGAAAAGCUUCAACUUCGACUUCUCGUACUGGUCGCACAACCCAAGUGAUCCCCAAUUCUCAUCUCAAGUCAUGGUGUACAAGGAUAUCGGCGAAGAGAUGUUACAACACGCUUUUGAUGGCUACAAUAUAUGCAUAUUCGCUUACGGACAGACCGGAGCGGGUAAAUCGUACACAAUGAUGGGACGCGGCGAGGACGGCCAAGAGGGCAUCAUCCCGCAGAUCUGCAAAGAUCUCUUCAGACGCAUCCGACAGACUACCACCGAUGAUUUGAAAUACUCGGUGGAAGUAUCGUACAUGGAGAUAUACUGCGAACGCGUACGCGAUCUACUGAACCCUAAGAAUAAGGGCAACUUGCGUGUGCGCGAGCACCCCGCACUCGGACCUUACGUAGAGGACCUCAGCAAGCUGGCGGUCACCUCUUACCAGGACAUAUACGACCUCAUCGACGAGGGAAACAAGGCUAGGACUGUCGCGGCGACAAACAUGAACGAGACGUCUUCCCGUUCGCACGCCGUCUUCACAAUAUUCUUCACGCAGCAGCGACACGAUCAGACCACCAAUCUGAUGUCAGAAAAGGUGUCCAAAAUUUCGCUGGUGGACUUGGCUGGGUCGGAGCGCGCUGACUCCACCGGCGCUAAAGGCACUCGACUCAAAGAGGGCGCCAACAUCAACAAAUCCUUGACUACCCUCGGAAAAGUCAUUUCAGCUCUCGCCGAAAUCUCGGCGUCAAAGAGCAAGAAGUCCAAGAAAGCUGACUUCAUCCCGUACCGCGACUCUGUGCUGACGUGGCUGCUGCGGGAGAACCUCGGAGGCAACUCCAAGACCGCCAUGAUCGCCGCCAUAUCGCCCGCUGACAUCAACUUCGACGAGACGCUUAGCACGCUCAGAUACGCCGAUCGCGCCAAACAAAUCGUCUGCAAGGCCGUGGUCAACGAAGAUGCGAACGCGAAACUCAUCCGCGAACUCAAAGAAGAAAUAUGCAAGCUUCGAGAGCUGCUCAAAGCGGAAGGCAUCGAAGUGGAAGAAGGACCAGACGGUAGAGUCAUAUAUGAAAAGAAAGAACCGCCCACGACAGGCGAAGGCGCGUCGCCACAACGCAAGAAGAGCGAAGCGGAAGUGUUGUCCCCGAAGCUGUCGCGAGCCGCUACUACCAUCGCAGAAGAAGCCGUAGAUCAGCUGCAGGCUUCCGAGAAACUUAUUGCAGAACUAAAUGAGACUUGGGAAGAGAAGCUCAAGCGUACCGAACAGAUUCGCGUACAGCGCGAGGCCGUGUUCGCUGAGAUGGGGCUUGCGGUGAAGGAGGGCAUAACUGUCGGCAUCUACUCGCCGAAGAAGACUCCGCAUCUCGUCAACCUUAACGAGGACCCUAAUUUGUCCGAAUGUCUUAUUUAUUACAUCAAGGAUGGAGUGACCCGCCUCGGCACGGCGGAGGCGAACGUGCCGCAGGACAUACAACUGUCCGGCUCGCACAUCCUCAGCGAGCACUGCAUCUUCGAGAACACGGACGGCGUCAUCUGUCUCGUGCCGCACCACGGCGCGCUCGUCUACGUCAACGGACGCGAGGUGCGUGUGAAUGAGCCAGUGAUACUGAAAAGCGGUUCUCGCGUGAUCCUGGGCAAGAACCACGUGUUCCGCUUCACGCACCCCGGACAGCCGCGCGAGGAGGUCGUCAACAACAAGGCCAUGACCGACUCCACCGGCGCCAUUGUCGAAACCGCCGCUGAGAAUAACAGCGACACAGAGAAUCAGAACGUGGACUGGGACUUCGCGCAGUGCGAGCUGCUGGAGAAGCAAGGCAUCGACCUCAAGGCGGAGAUGCAGAAACGACUCCUGGCUCUCGAGGAACAGUUCCGCCGCGAGAAGGAACACGCCGACCAACAGUUCGAGGAACAGCGGAAGAACUACGAAGCCCGUAUCGACGCGCUGCAGCGCCAAGUGGAAGAGCAGAGCGUGACAAUGUCCAUGUACAGCUCGUAUACUCCCGAGGACUUCCAUAACGAUGAAGACAUAUUCGUGAACCCUCUGUUCGAGACAGAGUGCUGGUCGGCCCGCGAGGUGGGUCUGGCCGCGUGGGCGUUCCGCAAGUGGAAGUACCACCAGUUCACGUCGCUCAGGGACGACCUGUGGGGGAACGCUAUAUUCCUCAAGGAAGCGAACGCAAUAUCGGUAGAGCUGCGCAAGAAGGUGCAGUUCCAGUUCACGCUGCUGACGGACACGCCGUACUCGCCGCUGCCGGCCGAGCUGGCGCCGCGCGACGACGCCGACGACGAGUACCGGCCCUCCGCGCCCACCGUCGUCGCCGUCGAGGUCACCGACACCAAGAACGGCGCCACGCACUACUGGACGCUCGAGAAGCUACGCCACCGUCUGGAGCUCAUGCGUCAGAUAUACAACAUGAACGAGAGCUCGUGCGCGGAGGAGGAGGACCCGGUGCCCCUCCUACUCGCGCCGCCGCCGGCGCUGGCGCCCGGCCCGGCGACCGGCCCGGCGUCCGGCAUGGCGUCCGGCACGGCCGGCCAGCCGCCCGCCGCCGACAUCCUACAAUGUAUCUCUGCGUGCGCGCAGCAGACGCGGCUGUCGCUAGCCAACCUGCUGCCCUCGAGGCAACGGCUGGAGCUGAUGCGCGAGAUGUACCACAACGAGGCGGAGCUGUCGCCCACCUCGCCGGACCACAACAUCGAGUCCGUCACCGGCGGUGAUCCUUUCUAUGAUAGGUUCCCGUGGUUCCGUCUCGUCGGACGGAGCUUCGUAUAUUUGUCGAACCUCCUGUACCCGGUUCCGCUCAUUCACAAAGUGGCCAUAGUGAACGAGAAGGGAGACGUGAAAGGCUACCUGCGGGUGGCCGUGCAGGCGGUUAUCGAUGCUGAAAAGAACAACGCAGAAUUCGCAGCUGGCGUGAAGCAGUCUGCGAAGAUAUCGUUCGACGACGACGUGGCGCCGGCGCGGGCGCGCGUCUCCAAGCUCAGCGCUGUCGACAAGAACAACGCGCUCAACCUCGACGAACGCAUCGCCGAGCCCACACACGACUCCAACAUCAAGAUCGAAGAGCUGGCGGCGGGCGAGUGCGACGCGGACAGCGGGCGCGGCGACAGCUCGCUGGCGUCCGAGCUCAAGGACGAGGAGCUGCCCGACCACCUCACGCUCGGCAAGGAGUUCACCUUCCGCGUCACCGUGCUGCAGGCCCACAGCGUCUCCACCGACUACGCCGACGUCUUCUGCCAGUUCAAUUUCUUACAUCGCAACGAAGACGCGUUCUCCACUGAACCAGUCAAGAACGCCGGAAAGAACACACCACUCGGAUUUUACCACGUACAAAACAUCACGGUACCUGUGACAAAAUCCUUCGUCGAAUACAUAAAAACACAACCGAUCGUUUUCGAAGUGUUUGGACAUUACCAACAACACCCAUUGCACAAGGAAGAGAUAGCACUCACGAGGCAUUCGGUCCUGCAGGACGCGAAGCAGGACGGUCCGGUGGCGACCCGCACUCCUCCACGCCGUAUGCUCCCUCCAUCGAUCCCGAUCUCGGCGCCGGUGCGCAGCCCCAAAUGGGGUGCAGCGAGUGUGGCGCCCCCAUGCUGCUCGUCCCAUCUGCAUUCCAAACACGACCUUCUCGUAUGGUUCGAGAUUUGUGAACUUGCUCCCAGCGGCGAAUACGUGCCAGCCGUGGUGGAACACAGCGACGAAUUGCCAUGCCGGGGACUGUUCCUCUUGCAUCAGGGCAUCCAGCGGCGCAUCCGCAUAACCAUCCUACACGAGCCUUCGCAGGACCUGCAGUGGACAGACGUGAGGGAGCUAGUCGUUGGUCGUAUUCGCAACACACCAGAAGCCAACGAGGACACGACAGAUGGCGACGAGGACGGCGCCCUCUCGCUCGGCCUGUUCCCCGGCGAGAGGCCCUCGCUGGACGACAGGGCUGUGUUCAGGUUUGAAGCUGCCUGGGACAGCAGUCUGCACGGAUCGCCUCUACUGAACAGGGUCAGCGCGAACGGAGAAGUGGUUUACAUCACGCUCAGCGCUUACUUGGAGCUGGAGAACUGCGGGCGGCCGGCGAUCAUCACGAAGGACCUGUCGGUGGUGGUGGUGGGGCGCGACGCGCGCACGGGCCGCUCGCUGCGCCGCGCGCUGUUCGGCGGACGCGCCGCCCGCGCCGACCGCCUCACCGGCGUCUACGAGCUCAGUCUGCACCGCGCGCUCGAGCCCGGUGAGCUCACUGCUGUACUACUCACUUACACUCGCCGCGCCGACCGCCUCACCGGCGUCUACGAGCUCAGUCUGCACCGCGCGCUCGAGCCCGGUGAGCUCACUGCUGUACUACUCACUUACACUCGCCGCGCCGACCGCCUCACCGGCGUCUACGAGCUCAGUCUGCACCGCGCGCUCGAGCCCGGUGAGCUCACUGCUGUACUACUCACUUACACUCGCCGCGCCGACCGCCUCACCGGCGUCUACGAGCUCAGUCUGCACCGCGCGCUCGAGCCCGGUGAGCUCACUGCUGUACUACUCACUUACACUCGCCGCGCCGACCGCCUCACCGGCGUCUACGAGCUCAGUCUGCACCGCGCGCUCGAGCCCGGUGAGCUCACUGCUGUACUACUCACUUACACUCGCCGCGCCGACCGCCUCACCGGCGUCUACGAGCUCAGUCUGCACCGCGCGCUCGAGCCCGGUGAGCUCACUGCUGUACUACUCACUUACACUCGCCGCGCCGACCGCCUCACCGGCGUCUACGAGCUCAGUCUGCACCGCGCGCUCGAGCCCGGUGAGCUCACUGCUGUACUACUCACUUACACUCGCCGCGCCGACCGCCUCACCGGCGUCUACGAGCUCAGUCUGCACCGCGCGCUCGAGCCCGGUGAGCUCACUGCUGUACUACUCACUUACACUCGCCGCGCCGACCGCCUCACCGGCGUCUACGAGCUCAGUCUGCACCGCGCGCUCGAGCCCGGUGAGCUCACUGCUGUACUACUCACUUACACUCGCCGCGCCGACCGCCUCACCGGCGUCUACGAGCUCAGUCUGCACCGCGCGCUCGAGCCCGGUGAGCUCACUGCUGUACUACUCACUUACACUCGCCGCGCCGACCGCCUCACCGGCGUCUACGAGCUCAGUCUGCACCGCGCGCUCGAGCCCGGUGAGCUCACUGCUGUACUACUCACUUACACUCGCCGCGCCGACCGCCUCACCGGCGUCUACGAGCUCAGUCUGCACCGCGCGCUCGAGCCCGGUGAGCUCACUGCUGUACUACUCACUUACACUCGCCGCGCCGACCGCCUCACCGGCGUCUACGAGCUCAGUCUGCACCGCGCGCUCGAGCCCGGUGAGCUCACUGCUGUACUACUCACUUACACUCGCCGCGCCGACCGCCUCACCGGCGUCUACGAGCUCAGUCUGCACCGCGCGCUCGAGCCCGGUGAGCUCACUGCUGUACUACUCACUUACACUCGCCGCGCCGACCGCCUCACCGGCGUCUACGAGCUCAGUCUGCACCGCGCGCUCGAGCCCGGUGAGCUCACUGCUGUACUACUCACUUACACUCGCCGCGCCGACCGCCUCACCGGCGUCUACGAGCUCAGUCUGCACCGCGCGCUCGAGCCCGGUGAGCUCACUGCUGUACUACUCACUUACACUCGCCGCGCCGACCGCCUCACCGGCGUCUACGAGCUCAGUCUGCACCGCGCGCUCGAGCCCGGUGAGCUCACUGCUGUACUACUCACUUACACUCGCCGCGCCGACCGCCUCACCGGCGUCUACGAGCUCAGUCUGCACCGCGCGCUCGAGCCCGGUGAGCUCACUGCUGUACUACUCACUUACACUCGCCGCGCCGACCGCCUCACCGGCGUCUACGAGCUCAGUCUGCACCGCGCGCUCGAGCCCGGUGAGCUCACUGCUGUACUACUCACUUACACUCGCCGCGCCGACCGCCUCACCGGCGUCUACGAGCUCAGUCUGCACCGCGCGCUCGAGCCCGGUGAGCUCACUGCUGUACUACUCACUUACACUCGCCGCGCCGACCGCCUCACCGGCGUCUACGAGCUCAGUCUGCACCGCGCGCUCGAGCCCGGUGAGCUCACUGCUGUACUACUCACUUACACUCGCCGCGCCGACCGCCUCACCGGCGUCUACGAGCUCAGUCUGCACCGCGCGCUCGAGCCCGGUGAGCUCACUGCUGUACUACUCACUUACACUCGCCGCGCCGACCGCCUCACCGGCGUCUACGAGCUCAGUCUGCACCGCGCGCUCGAGCCCGGUGAGCUCACUGCUGUACUACUCACUUACACUCGCCGCGCCGACCGCCUCACCGGCGUCUACGAGCUCAGUCUGCACCGCGCGCUCGAGCCCGGUGAGCUCACUGCUGUACUACUCACUUACACUCGCCGCGCCGACCGCCUCACCGGCGUCUACGAGCUCAGUCUGCACCGCGCGCUCGAGCCCGGUGAGCUCACUGCUGUACUACUCACUUACACUCGCCGCGCCGACCGCCUCACCGGCGUCUACGAGCUCAGUCUGCACCGCGCGCUCGAGCCCGGUGAGCUCACUGCUGUACUACUCACUUACACUCGCCGCGCCGACCGCCUCACCGGCGUCUACGAGCUCAGUCUGCACCGCGCGCUCGAGCCCGGCGUGCAGCGUCGCCAACGGCGCGUGUUGGACACGAGCGGCACGUACGUACGCGGAGAAGAGAACCUGCACGGCUGGCGGCCGCGCGGCGACUCCCUAAUAUUCGACCACCAGGUACCCACCCGGAGACAAAUUUGGGAGCUGGAGAAGAUGACCCGCCUGGAGCAGGUGGGCCGCACGCGGCACUACCUGGCGCUGCGCGAGCGCCUGCGCCACGGACACGACAACACCGUCGCGCCCAACGACUUUACCAAGACAGAAAAGGAGGUGUGCAAUAUGGCGGCGAAAGCUGCGGCAGAAUGCGCACACGCUCGCGACGACUCCGUUUACGAGCCGUGGGACAUGACGCCUCGCGAGAAAGAACUCGCUACUAAAUUCGUCAAACUCAUGCAGGGCCGGAUAAGCACAACAGGCAAGGAGGUGGAGGCGGCCGCGUCGCCCGCCACGCCGGUGGACGAGGGCGUCUCCGCAGACAUCUCCACGCCCAGCCUGCUCUCCUCCAUCCACAGCGCCAGCAGCUUCGAGCUGUGCUCGCCGGAGCGCGCGCUGCUGGAGAAGCAGAUGGCGGCGUGGGGCGCGGGCGGCGCCGCCGUGCCGGCGCUGUACGUGCCCGACUGCGAGGAGGUGCGCGUGUCCGCCGCCGUGGCGCGCCGCGGGCACCUCAACGUGCUGCAGCACGGCACGCACGGCUGGAAGAAGCGCUGGCUCGUGGUGCGGCGGCCGUACGUGUUCAUCUACCGCGACGAGCGCGACCCCAUCGAGCGCGCCGUCAUCAACCUCGCCAACGCGCACGUCGAGUACUCCGAGGACCAGGAGCAGAUGGUGCGCAUGCCCAACACGUUCAGUGUGGUUAGCAAGGAACGCGGAUACCUGCUGCAGACGCUGAGCGACAAGGAGGUGCACGACUGGCUGUACGCGAUCAACCCGCUGCUCGCUGGACAGAUCAGGUUUCCGGUGACAGGUCGCGGUCGGGCCGGCGCGGCGACAAGCUGGCGCCGCCGCAGAGUGCAUGAGACAGCCUCACCAUGGAGUCUAUCCUCGUUUUUUAAGUGCGUGUCGCACGCCGGCUCCCUGCACGCGCGCAGAGCCGAACAACACAAGCGUCCCCUGCGGCCCCCGCGGCCCCCGCGGCCCCCGCGGCCCCCGCGACCCCCGCCACCCCCGCGGCCCGCGCACUGAAACAGCCCCCUGCACACACACACCUCGCUCCCACUCUGUCUUUCACAAGCGUGCCAUCUGGCGGGUGUGAAAGGCAAUUUAGGUUAUGUUAAUACCUUCGUUGUCUAAAAGAAUUGUUUAAAUAAUAUAACUUCCUAUGUAAUAUUAUCUACGUGAACUCUUUUAGGCAAUUCAUUUAUAACUUUAUAUCCGCUGAUCUGUAACUCAAAACAUCGACAAAUAAUAUUCGAUUGUGUGCGUCAUCAAUAUUGUACGACUAUCGAUGUGAAUGUAAAGUGGGAGCGAAAGUGUGGACUUGUUUGCGAAGGCAAAGUAUCCGUGGCUGGUUUGGUAAAGUGUAAUGCGAUGUGAAGUAGCGUUUUAUAUCGAUCUUUCUAUUUAUGUUCCUACUCACAUAAUGGUGCUCGCGCCUUGGGCCAACCGCAGGAUUUAGUCCUCCGCCCAGUCUGAUCUCAAAGGCGCUCAAAACUUGUGGCCUACCACAUCUCAUGUUUGAACCCUUGUCAAACUUGGGGACCACGAGUGAAGCAAAAAAUCUUGAUACGAUACGAUUGACUUUGUAUCAAUUAUUUUGGCAUAUCCACAAUUUAUUAGCAGUAUUAUCGACAUUGCAUUUAAUGCUAAUUACGAUAUACGUAAAUAUAUCUAUAUGUUUUAUAUAAAAGAAAUUUCUUAGUAUUUUUGAAUGUAAAAACGUCGAGUACUUAGUUGGGACCAAACCGGUGCACUGAUUUACAAGGGACGUGGUAAUGAAUCGAUAUUUACAGUAAUAGCGAAUUUAUAGUGACGUACAAUAAUGUCAUUUGAACUGAAUUGUAAAGGGGCUGUUUCCAUACCCGCGGGAUACACUUUGUUGUAAGCUCUAAGCUGCACGGGAUGUUUAUCGAUGUCGAUAAAUUAUACAUUAAAAGUUAAUAGAUAAAAUCGUAUAUAAUAAACAUAAUAUUUAUCGACUCGAUAAAAUGUACCCGAGCUCGUGUAAUGUAACAAUAUGUAUUGUAACACCGCGGUCUUUGUGCCACGAUAUAUUGUUUAGACUUUCAGUGUAACAUCGAUUUAAGAAAUUAUAUAAAAUAUAUUCAUGUAUGUAACCGGAAUCAACAGCUUAAUACUCGCUUCUUAAAUUGAUAAUAUAUUUCAUCUCACCUUAGGCUGGAUUAUCGUGGUCCAAUGACUGAACAAUGACUCGAGACUCGAGAAUGCCGACGCGUUAUCCGCUGUGUGAAUGACUCAUAUGUUGCGCACAAAACGCCACCAACGUACGAUAGGCUCCAUUUUGUAUGACAUAUACAAAUUAAAUGAAUUUACAAACGUGUGAAAAAGACAAAUUACUGCAUAUACUUUAUAUAGAUUCUCUUCUAACGUUGGAAUACAUUAUUAAUGUAAUUACCUUGUACAUACGUAUGACCCGAACGGUAGUAUAAAAAUAUAUUUUGUGGCUCAAAAAGCCGACGAUUGUGGCUGUAGUCCUUUCUCGUAUGUCGUCAUACGUAACAUUUCUUUUCACAAUUAGUAUUGAUUGUAAAUAAUUAUAACAUUGUAGCUAAAUUUAGAGUAUCCGAUGUUUUAUCGUACGAUGUUUAUUUUUAGUCGAUCCAGAUUUGUUUGAACAAAUAUCGUUUCACUCAGUCAUGGCAAAUUUAAUUAUCGAUGGAUUGUAUAAAGUAGGUUAAUGCGAUGCAGAUGUUUCGACUGCAUCUCGAAUUGUUUAGCUCGAAUGUUUCGGUCCGGCGUGACGUCACGAACCAUUCCGACACCUAGUCAUGUACUAACAGUAGGUACAUUACAUUGUAUGUGAUAGAUAUAGAUCCAUAGUUACAUCAAUGCUGUGCUGCGAACAAUCACCAAGUAGUGUGUUAAUAAAUGUUUAUGUGUUACUUUGUACUCGUACCCGACUUCACUUACUCAUCGGUCCAUAGUUAUACAAGCGCUAUAUAUCACUGUAGUUAGAGUAAUCGAUGUGACAGUAGACGUGCAUGAGUAUUUUAUCUUACUUUCUACGAUCUGUUAUUACUCUGAGUAUUCCUUUAAUCUCGAUACCGCUUCGAUUAAUGUUGAAAAAAUAUUAUAAUAAUGUCACUGUACUAUCGCUUUUGAGUGACUUCUUUCCAUUUGAAAUAAAAUGAGCAUAAAUCUAUAAAAACAUUUGUAAGCUUAAGUGACUUUGGUCGAUGUAAAUAUCUUCUAACCGUUCGUUAAGUACUUAAUGUUUUCUGACGAGCUGUAUCGGCUUCUUUCCGUUGUAAGGUCAUCACAAGCUUAGACACUGAACCUUAGUCUACUCGGCUAAACACUAGAGAAUAUUCUGAUAAUAAUUUAGCAUUUAAAGACGUAGCGUGUAAGAUCAAAAAGUAUUAUCCAAAUUUAGACAUGCUGUGUGUUAUAGGUAAUGUUUCUUAAAAUUGAAAUUAAUAACUAUUGUCGUCGAGAUUUUAAAUUAUUGUAACUUGACGUUUCCGUUUGUACAGCACAACGUCAAAUGUACGACAAAUGUUAUUUUGGUUGGAUACGCGGAUCGCUUCUGUUUGGCGCUGUGCUUUAUUCACCACAGAAACGAUUUUACAUUACUGAAAAUGUUUAAAACAGAAUAAUAUGUCCAAAAUACUCUUUCAACGUAACUAUUUAUGUAAUUUUAAAUAUGCGUGUUUAUCGUGAGUCGUGACGAAUGAACUGAUCUCUCGCUGAUGUGACACUCGUCUUUGUACUUUUCCUUUUUCUAGUCAUUUUUGUGCAACAUUCCAAAGUUGUAUAUUAUUUUCAUUUUCGAAUAUAUAGGGUUAAUGUAUUUUGCAUAGCAAAAUGGUGUUUUUACUUAGUAAUUAUAGUGAGCCGGUAUAAAAUCACGGGUGUGUUGUGUCGUCGGAUGUAAAAUAAUUUUGUAAUAAUUUAUUUUUGUCUACGAGUUGAUUUGCUAUUUAUUCUUUAGUUGUUAUAUAAUUGUGAUUCUAUAUAGAAGUGAACGUUUUAAACUAUAGAUCAGCUGACGCUGUAUUAUAUUUUUAUAGAGUGUACUGUUUAAGCUGUACCGCUAUUUUUAUAGACGUACUCGUAGCUGUUGUGUUGGGGUUGCGUUCGAGUUGGUCGUUCAUUGUGAUUAUUUUGCGGAGGACGGCCGCGUGUGUCGGCGGCCGCCCGCCUGCUCUCGAUAGUGAUUGUUGAUUGUUGCGCGAGGAUGAUAUUAAAUUAAAUUAUAUAUUCUAUAUAUAAUUUAUGGAUUUCAUUCAAUUUAUGAAAAUAAGAACAAUGUAAUGAUUGGUAAUAUUACUCAUUGCUCUAAAUGUACUAUCAAAAUAUAUUAUACACAGUGUUAAAGGUCAUAAAUAAAAAUGCUUUGAAAAUUUCCA